CAGUUUCGCAACGCGUCUCCUCGCUCGAUGGUGAUGUGAGCUCCCUCGACGCCGUCGCCGCCGUCGGUUGACGUGUCGUCCGCGUCGCCCGUCGAGAAAUAUGAAAAUCGUCGAGCGGGGUCACGUCGCGUCGUACCGUCGUCGCUGUGUCAGUGCGGAGAGCGUGGCGGUGUGAAGGAGAAGACAACGACGAAGCAGAGGAGAAGGACAAAGGUCGCGGCGCUCCGCCGCGCGAUAAGGUAACGAGCGGGAGGAUCACCCAGAGAUGUCGAAGAAGGUCAACUGCAAGAUGUUGGUUCAUCAGCUGUCGUCCGUGUUGCCGGACGACAGGCCAAUAACUGCCAUUGGCGUCGUCGAGGACGUCGACAAGUGUCCGCCGAACUUCACAGUGGUGUCGAGGACGUACGACCAGGAUACGGACGCGGACCUAUGGAGAGAAAGUGGACUGUUCAUAAAGAAAAAGGGCAGAUACAUCUGCUUCUCCAAGACUGAGGGCCAAUCGGAUUGCGUGGUCGAGGAUAUCGUGGUGAUCAACGAGCGCGACACCCCGCCGGAUGGCUACUGCAUGAUCUCGUACACCGUGGAUUCGAGGCAGAAGGCGUGGCGGAAGAAACAGGUGUGCUAUAAACUUAGGAGUAAGGACCUCUGCGAGAAAGCGGUCACGGAUAUCAUAAUAUGCAGCAGGAUAAUUCACAAGGAUUCCAAGAUAGCUCCCAUUGGCUUCUCCGCUGCUGGCAUCAUCAACGGCGUUCGCGUGUGCUACAAGACGGUGGAUAUCACAAAUGCGAACUCGAACUCGCAGUCGUACGUUAAUAUAGACUUACUACAAAGCGCUUCUCCGAAUCCAUCGAACGGGACCCCUCACCGAGCAGCCCCGGAGCGGCCGCCGAAACCAAAGUUCUCACCAAAGCCGGCGAACGGGAUCUACCCGCAAAUCGGCGGCGCGGCGGCCAAGGACGGGGACGAGCCGGGCGAUCGAGAUUACGAGGUCCUCUCUCCUAGCGCGAGGAUCAGGCCGACCAGGCCCGCGCCUCAACCGCCCACGUCAUCGGGGUCGACGCCCAUCUACGGCACGCUUCCGGGAUCGUCCGAUCUCGACGGAGUCCCGUUUGCGCUUAAUCCACGUCUCACCGCUCAUUCGGAUUCCGCGAGCCAGAACAAACUUCCCGUCAUCAAGGUGUGGACGCAGAAGGAGCUGGACAGAGAGUUCUUCUACGACUUCCGCGCGGAAAGGGAGACUUGAGGGAGGUGCGGAGGGUGUGCCAAAACUGGCUCUUCACGAGCAGCUACCGAACGUUCCCCUCCGCCGUUCGUUCGUGCCGACCCGUAACAUUAGCCAAGCGUAAUGGAGUGCCUGAACGAGUGAUUUAUACUAACCCCCUGCGAGAAUGAAAGCCCGCGACGCGCUUGAAAAUAAUCGGGGGAAUAAAGUUUAACUAUAUCUGAAAGAAGAAAGAAAGAACGAAAUAGAAAUUUUACUCGAUGUAA